GACGCGCAUUUUGACAGAUUUCCAGACAGGGUGGAGAGGAGCGUUCAAGGAAGGAAAGGAGACUUGCUGGAUUUCCAUCAUCUGCUCCUCAUCCUCCGCAUCCAACCGAGGAAAAAUAGCAGCGCAGGCUCUUUGUUGAGGAUCUGGACAUGAAUUCGGCGGAACAGACGGUAACAUGGUUGAUCACGCUCGGGGUGCUGGAGUCGCCGAAGAAGACCAUCUCGGACCCGGAGGCUUUCCUGCAGAGCUCCCUGAAAGACGGGGUGGUCUUGUGCAAACUGCUGGAGCGGCUCAGCCCGGGCUCCACGGAGAAAGUUUACCCCGAACCGAAGAAUGACGGCGAGUGUCUGAGCAACAUAAAGGAGUUUCUCAAAGGCUGCACAUCGUUCCGCGUCGAGCCAUUUGAGGCCAGUGACCUGCUGCUAGGCCUGAACUUCUCCAAGGUGCUGAGCAGUCUGGUCGCCUUGAAUAAAGUGACCGCAGAUAUUGGCGUGGGCAGUGAUUCAGUGUGCGCCCGACACUCUUCCGCCCACCGCAUCAAGUCGUUUGAGUCACUGUCCACUCAGGCUUCACUGGGCCGAUCCUCCAAGCUGCUGCAGAACCAGUUUCGAAGUUUGGACAUGUCAGAAAACAUCGGACAGCAGCUGCUGGUCAGGGCAAAAUUCAACUUCCAGCAGACCAACGAAGAUGAGCUCACCUUCAACAAGGGUGAUAUCAUCGGCGUGACUCGUCAGGAGGAGGGCGGCUGGUGGGAAGGGACACUUAACGGCAAGACUGGGUGGUUUCCAAGCAACUAUGUGCGUGAGGUCAAAGGCUCCGACAAACAAGUGUCCCCCAAGUCUGGCACCCUCAUGAGCCCACCUAAAGGCUUUGAUACUUCUGUAAUCAGCAAGACAUACUAUAAUCUGGUGUUACAGAACAUUUUAGAAACUGAGACAGAAUUUUCCAAAGACCUUCAGAGCCUCCUUACAAACUACCUGCGACCUCUUCAGAGCAUUGACAAACUCAGCAGCUCAGACGUGGCCCUGAUUCUGGGAAACCUGGAAGAAAUCAGCACUUUUCAGCAGAUGUUGGUCCAAUCUUUGGAGGACUGCACCAAGCUUCCAGAAAGCCAGCAAAGAGUUGGCAACUUCUUCCUGAACCUGAUGCCUCAGAUGAAGGCUCUUUAUGUUGGUUACUGCUCCAACCAUCCCUCUGCUGUGAAUGUGCUCACCCAACACACUGAAGUUUUGGGGGAGUUUAUGGAGGCGCAUGGUGCAGUUAGUCCUGGGAUCCUCAUCCUGACCACAGGCCUCAGUAAACCAUUUAUGAGACUGGACAAAUACCCCACCCUACUCAAGGAGCUGGAGAGACACAUGGAGGAGAGUCAUCCUGAUCGGCCAGACAUUCAGAAGUGCAUGGUGGCUUUUAGAAGUCUGUCUGCUCAGUGCCAGGAGGUACGGAAACGAAAAGAGCUGGAGCUGCAGAUUCUCACUGAGAACAUCCGUCUAUGGGAGGGGGAUGACAUCAAAACCCUGGGUUGUGUGAUCUACAUGAGCCAGGUCCUAGUCCAGAGUCCCAUGUCAGAGGAGAAGAACGAGCGUUACCUGAUGCUUUUCCCUCACAUCCUCCUCAUGCUGUCUGCCAGUCCCAGGAUGAGUGGCUUCAUAUUUCAGGGAAAGCUGCCCUUGGCUGGCAUGUCAGUGACCAAACUUGAAGACUGUGAAGCCCAUAAAAAUGCCUUUGAGCUCAGUGGAACAAUGUUUGACCGUCUUCAGGUGAUGUGCUCGAACCAGCAGGACCUGCAGGACUGGGUGGAACACCUGACGAGACAGAUCAAACACACUGCUGCCACAGCCCCCAGCCACAAACCACUCACUGUYCCCUGCCACACGCUCCCAUCCCACCCUCUCACCCCGUCUCGGCAUGCCGAGGGGAGGUCCAUGACGGUGGCCCCCACCUACCAUACCCUGCCACACCCGUCCUCCCACGGCAUGACCCACAGCACCAUGAUGUGGGGCCCUCUGGAACCACCCAACACCCCCAAACCCUGGAGCCUGAGCUGCCUACGACCUGCACCCCCUCUGCGGCCGUCCGCUGCUCUCUGCUACAAAGAGGAUCUUAGUAAAAGUCCUAAGAGUGUGAAGAAACUCCUUCCUAAACGCAAACCUGAGAGGAAACAGUCUGAGGAGGAAUUUGCCUUGAGGAAGAGUACAGCUGCUCUGGAAGAAGAUGCUCAGAUCCUGAAAGUUAUUGAAGCGUACUGCACCAGUGCUAAAACCAGGCAGACUCUGAACUCCACCUGGCAGGGCACUGACCUGAUGCACAACCACGUGCUCGCUGACGUGGACCAGUCGUGCGUGGACUCGUCGGGCCGCCGUAGCAGCGUGUCCCGGCCAGAACUGAGCUCGGACCUGUCGGAGGACUCUGACUAUGACUCCAUCUGGACCACCCACAGUUACAGAAUGGGAUCAGUGCCGCGCAAGAGCUGCAUCUCCCAUCAGAACUAAAGACCGUGCAGCGCCGCCAUGCUGUACUUUAAUGUAAUGUAGAGUGCGCUUACCUGUUUGGAUUUAGAUGUGUUAAAGGAGUAGAGUUUUUUUUAAUUUAUCUAUUUAUUUUUUAUUAUAUUUGUUGAUAUUUUUUGUUUAAUUUAUUUAAUUUAUUUUCGACUUCUUGUUUGAAAAUGUUUUAAGCAUUUUCCUGUUGCCUUUGCCACAUUUCCCUUUUAUGUGCCUCCUCUCUUUCUGUAGUUGUCAUGCAGUAAGUGUUAGCUAAUUAUUGUUAAUUUAUCAUGAAUGUGGCCACUCUCCUUGUUUGACCAUGUGGUGGACUCGAGUGGAAAGAACAAGGAUUUUAGAGUGGAGUGAAGGGGAGGGAUAGAUGUGGACUGUUUUUUUCCUGUCUGAUAUUCAGAUAAAACUCAUGUUCAACUGACCUAAUUUAUUUUAGUGUAUGUUUUUUAGACUACGUACACUCAAACAAAGCACAGAUGCUACACAAGCAUGCACAUGCAGGUUCAGGCACGUGCUCCUGCUGUCUGGGUAAUAAAGCAGCAUCCAAUCCAAAUUUUCAAUAUUUUAUAUCAUCGCUGUUGCAUAAUUUCAUGUUUUACUCAUGURAUGUAAAAGGAAGAUAAAAUGUAAAAUAUAUAGGCAGCUGGUGGGGAAAAAAGCCCUUGUAAUGUUUAAUAGCAUAUAAAGUUGUUUGUUCAAGUCUUGCUGUCAGUCGUUAAGAAAAAUGAAAUGACAGGUUUUUUAGUUCAACAGGAUUAGAAUAAUUAUAUCAAACAUGUAAAAUAAAAGGUGUAAUGUAAUAUAAAACAAGAUUUAUGCAACGUUCACACAGAUUUUGUUUUACUUGUCACUGAAAAUACAACUCCAGUGUGUUUUCAGGUCUCAUUUACAAAAUCCAGCAGUCUCUCUACAAGCAUACACUUCUUAUGUUUAAUCAGCAGUAAUGAAUUCACUUCAUGUUUCAGCUCAGCAUUUUUCAGAUCUACAUAGACCAAUAUGUUACAGGGUCAUAUUUAUGCUGUUUGAAAUCUCAAGCUGUUAAAGUACACUUAAACCAAAGCAGGAAAAAUGUAUAAAUCUGACUCAAAUUAACUUUAGAUUGCAACUAAAUCAGUUGUAAACAUGUAAUACAGGUUGAUUGUCUUUAUUUUUUUUAAUAUUAAACAGCAUAUUAAGGGUGUAACGGUACACAUAAGUCACUAGUUGGUACUUCAGUAAGAUGGUAACUUUUUGUACAAUAGGAAAAAGGAAAAGAGUGCUAAAUUUUAGGGGUAUUCUUUUUGUUUGUUUGCUUUAAUUUUAGACAAUAAUCCUCCAAGAAGCACAUGCAGAAAAACAAAACACUCUUGUUAGUGAGGAGGCUCCAAGAUAGCAGGUCAUGUACCAGUAGUCAAUCUUAGAGUGGGAUUUGUCAACUGGUAACCUCAACUUGAAAUGAAAUUAGUAAUAUUGUAGCUGCUCUCUUAUUUGGUUCAGUUUGUAUGCAGACCCUUUUUUGUGCUCAUGCUUAAGUUUGCAAAGCCUGUAAUGCUUUCUAUGUGAAGAGGCUGUGGAGCACUUCCUCCUCUGCUUUUCUGCAUUUAGCAAAAAACAAACAAAAAAAAAAAAACACCCUUCAAAAUAAGAGCAGGAAACACCUGUGACAACACAUAAUUUUUCUGGUUCUUUGUACCAAUGCCAAAUACCUGUAUUGUGAUGAUUUGCUACAAAUACAUGUACAUGAAUUUAUUAUUAUUAUUAUUGGUUCCUUCACCUGUACUGUGAAAGCUAAUAUGGACUGGUUUCAAAUCCAAAACCCCCAUUUACUCCCAUCUGUUGGGAGUGGAGUUCCAUGUAGCUAAUAUGUAAUUUGAUUAAUUUUAGUAAAAUAUUGGCUUGGAGACUGUACACUUUUUAACCUUCUCAGGAAAGACAGGCCAGAGAGGGUUUGAUCACCAUUAACUCAAAUGAAUAAUUACAGGUUCAUUAAUUAAACUGAUCUGAAUAACUAACAGAAACAGUUUAGGCAUUUGUCUGGAUCUCAUUAAUAAACUGAGUGAACUGUUUGCAACUAAUGUUUGUUUUCUAUGUAGUUUUACACAACUUACAACUUUCUGCAAGAAAUAAAAGAUCCAUACAGUUGUAUUUAGCUGACACAAAAUUAGCAGAAACAUUUGUUUUGCCACAAAUUAGCAUUUGUGCUAAUGUCCCAUUAGCUACAACUUGCCUUUGCUAGCUUGUGAGGUUUCCCUAUUUUAUUUCUUGUAUUAAUACCUAUUUUUAUGAAGAAGUAUUUUUCCAGUAAUGGUAUGAAAAGUACAAGCUAACAUCCUCUUACGGCGAGCAAAGUGAAUGAUAGAUAAAAUAUUUAUUGGUCCAUUGUUACAGUUCACUUGUUUUGGAAAGUGUAUCUUUUUUGUAUUUAUCAUUUUUGUAUACAGGUGAUAUUUUUUGUAUUUUUAAUUUAAAUUCUGUUUGUCAAUGUUUACAAGCUGAUCCCUGGAAGAAUAUCUUCUUUUUUCUUUUCUUUCUUUCUUUUUUUUUACAUUCAGUUUGUCUGUAUCUGAGUUUAUAUUAGGUUCUGAAAUGUGUUUUAAAUAAUUUGCACAAUCAUGUAACGGGCCAGUGGGAUAGGGUUUGGGCAUGGACUCUGUGAUAUUCUGUUAUUUUCAGUGUCUACCAAGAGUCCGUCUGAUAUAUUCCAAAAGGUAGACUUCAGUAUUCAGUGUAAUUGUAAAGUGAAUGCUCAUUUGUAGUGUAAACGCUCACCUUCAGUGUUUUUAUUAGCGUUGAAGGUAAAAAAAAAACGAAACAAGUCUGACAUAAUGAAGAAAUUCUUCAAUGUGAACUCUUUAUUCAACUUUGAAAUAUUAUUCAAGUUCAUUUGAAACAAAAAAGAGCACAUAAGUCUCCCUUUCUGUAAAUAAUAGUUGUCUUAAAGCCAGAUUUAAAAAAAUCUACCUUCUACAAGUAUUUGAGCUAAGAAUAUCACUGUCCUUCUAUCAUGUGCUAAACUUUGUGACAGGUGUAUUCUGUGAUUUAACAAACUCUGGAACAGACAGGGUGAUAAAAAACAAAGCUAGCUCUUACCAACAUUGUCCUCUGUGUGCUCUAAUGUUGCGUUUAAGUCACACAUUUGACUGUCUUAUUGCAGCCAGCGCCUUCAGUGUAUUUCUUCUACACUGCUGCAGUGUUAAAGUCCCAAACGCUGUAUCGUGACUUUAAUAAAUAGAUCCGUUGAUAGAUA